UCAGGUGAAUUUACGAAAACCGAAGCAGAACUGAUACGCACUAUUAGAAGAGAAUUUUCAAAUUGUCUUAGAGAUUUGUUUGAACAUGGCUUGGAGCGAGUAAGUCUCACUUGUAUGCAUUUGUAAACUAAACUAACUUCAUUCAUGAUGGAUAGCUUUACCAGUUGUAGACUUAACUAAAGGAGGAAACCUGAAUACCCGGAGAAAAUCUGUGGUGUUUGGUAAAACUGGAAGCACCCUUUUCAAAUGAAACUAUAAGACGACAUUACAAUCACAAAACUGCCCAUUCCAAGGAAUUGAGUCCUGCCAUGGUGAUGGAAGGCAAAUUCACAGGGGAAAAAAUGAACUUUCCAUUAAUGGAUUUUUGAAUGUAAAAGCUGAAGUCUUAUCAUUAUUGGUUAUUAUAGAUUUCACGUAUGGUAAAUUAGUAAAAACCAUGUUUAAUAUUUACCAUUGAUGGUACUUUAGUUGUUUUCCUUCGAACAGGAAAAUACCAUCAAUGGUAAAUAUUACAUAUCAUGGUUUUUGCCAAUUUACCAUAUGGAAAUUGGAAAAUCUAUAACCAUUGAUAGUAUACAUGGUGAAUCUUUAAAAAUCAUUCAAAAACCCAUUGAUGGAAAUUUUAAAUUUUUCCUUGUGAAAUGAACUCAUUCGGCUCUGCAUAUGAACAGCACCUUAGAAAUCCCUCGCCUAACUUUGUUUCGUUUUUUUUUGGUAGAAUCCAGAAUACUCACUCAUGUCCGCGCGAAGUCUCGUGAACUGCAUCAUGCCUGCGGGAACUUCACCUCGUAACCAAAACCUACAUGCGUGGGAUAUUUUCAUGGCAUUUUAUCAUUUAAAGGUAACACGAGGUGCAAAUUUGUAGUGGGUAGCUCUAUCAGUUCUAAAGAAUUUUUCCAAGAACGCACAAGUUGUAACAAACCUGCAGCAGACUUGUAGCAAUGCUGUUCCAACAACUUGUCAACAGGAUGUGUUCGCGCUGCUUGUUCCCAGCUUGUUGACAAGUUGUCAACGGCUUGUUGACAACUUGCUACAAGGUUGUUGAACUCAACAGACUUGUUACAAGUUGUUCCAACAACUUGUUAUCGUCCUGCAAUUCAACAAUUUGUCAACAAGUUGCGAGUGAUAACCUUGUAGCAACUUGAUAAAAUAACAGCAUUGUUACAACUUGUUGACAAGCUUGAUACAAGCCUGUUGCGAACACAUCUUGUUGACAAGUUGUGAGACUUUUACGUAUGUAACCCGAACUGACUUCAGGGCUGCAAAUAAAUAUUUGACUUGACAGGACAUUUGUCCGAUCACUUUUAAUUUUGGUCGGACAUAACUUGAAUGGUCGGACAAAAACCAAUAUCACUAAAUUUGGUCGAUAUAAGUCACGAGACAAGUAUGUAUCGCCAUUCCGGCGCAACGUUAAGUAAAAUGCCUCGUAAAUUUUAUUGCAAAAUGCAAAUUGAGUGAAUUUGCAAUCGGAUUUUGUCACAACAAAAAAAUGUAUGUGACAAUUUUUUUUGUGAUCAGACCAAUGUCCGAUCAAAAUUACUUUUGCUCGGACAUUUGCCAAAUUUAGUCGGAUAUUGUCCGAUAGUAAUUUGCAGCCCUGGUCUUUAUUCAAUUGUUGGUUUUAGCAUGGAAGCGAGUAUAACUCAGCUGUUCCGCGGAAAUUAUCCGAAUCUUUUGGUAUUGACGUAUCUGGUGCGUCGGCCGUGACAUCUAAACAGGUAUUACCAUAUUAACUAUUUAUCAUUUCUAGUGAAUAUCGCUAAAUUACACCUUCGCCCUUUCGCCGCCCCUUUUAUUAAAUUUAAAGAAACUAUAGCUUAUAGAUUGCCCAAUAGAUUGAUUGUAGGUAUAGGUUCUACCACAGUUAAUAAAAUAGGAUUAUUAUCCUAUUUUAUUAACUGUGGUUCUACAAUACACCAACACAGCAAAUAUCAUGAUUAUUAGAUUACACUGAUAUCGAAGGAACUAGACUCCGUUCCGAAAUAUCGCAUGCUCGAACCGACCUGACCGCGUAGCUCAGUUGGCAGAGCAUUGGGCUAGUAUUCCAAAGGUCGUAGGUUCGAAUCCCACCGUGGCCAGGCAUAUUUUUCAAGCUUUCCCGGUGUGGAUAUACACGAAGUAAUAGCAUAGAAAGAGGCGAAUUAGCUAUUAAAACGUCCCGCCCGAUGAGGGUCGUUUAGUAAAAUUCCCUUGGGCGCCGCUUGAUGAGGGUCAUUUAGUAAAUGGAAUUUUACUAAAUGACCCGAAUCGAGCGGCGCCCAAGGGAAUUUUACUAAACGACCCUCAUCGGGCGGGACGUUUUCAAUUGCUAAUUCGCCUCUUUCUAUGCUAUUACCUUGUAAUAUCAUGAUUGCGGGUAUUCCCGUUGCUCUCGCAGGGCCAUUAAAAACCAAUUAACAAUAAAUAAUGGUAUAAAUUAAAUGGUAUAAUUGUUUUCCAUGUCUUUGUUUAGUUUUGGCGAUUUCAGAUAUAUUCAUUUUUUCUAAUCGUACCCGCUUUGACGUCGUUUCGGGUAGGAUUAGAACUAAUUCUACCUGACAUGACGUAAAAGCGGGUAGGAUUAGAAAAUAUGAAUAUAAUGAGGUGUAUUAGUUUUUAAUUGCCCUGCAAGAACAAAGGGAAUACCGCAAUCAUGAUAUUAAUAUAUAUAUAUAUAUAUAUAUAUAUAUAUAUAUAUAUAUAUAUAUAUAUAUAUAUAUAUAUAUAUAUAUAUAUAUAUAUAUAUAUAUAUAUAUAUAUAUAUAUAUAUAUAUAUAUAUAUAUAUAUAUCAGUGCUUCCAUUUUCAAAAUAAAAAUUUCCCAUUUUUGACAUCAAAAUUUCUCUAAAUUCCUUAGAUUGUAUACAUAAUUUCCUUGAAAUUUCCUUGAAACUAAAGAAUAAGGAUAUAGUUAAUUUUAAAGGUACAAAAUAGCACAAUUAACACAGAUGUGGGCUAGGUAAAAAACACAGGCUAUUAUACUGUUUAAAAUUAAAUAUUUGUUAUGAUUUUACAACAUAUACGAUUCCAAUGAUAUAAUCAUGGAUAAUAAAAUAAAUGGAUAGGAAUCUAGCUGACGUAACCUAAUGUUUUUACUGGGAUUGAUGGCGUGGUUGGAUGCCUCAACCUAGUUGAAAAUCAAAUUCUCAAAAACGGCAUGUUUAGCAAUAAUACAGCUAAACAUUUUAGUCAAAGAACAAAUAAAUGUAACCACGCCAUUCUACGAUGAAAACUCUAAGUAUUCCCAGUCAAUUUUAGCAAAUAUUUCAAGCACUAAACAGUGAAAAAUACAUCGCAAAUUUCGUUAAAAAUUGUGACGCCAAUUUCGUAGCUACAAAUGUAAAAAAAUACAAAACAAAGACGAAAAACAUUUACCUUGAAUACUUUGUCGUGGCUUAGGCAUGUUUUUAAAACAAUUAGACCAGUUUACGCUUCAAGAUCACCCUUUUAAAGUGGAAAAUAUAGCAAAACAACAAAUAUGCCGAGAACUUUGGUAACAUUCGCAAUGCGCGUGACGUCACGUUUUUCAACAAGGAUGCAGUCAAUGACGUCAGAAGUUUCCAAUCCAUUUAUUUUUAUUGCUUAUCCAUGAUCCCAUCAUCAAUUUUUCUCAGACUUACGGCUUUGUUACACUAUUGGCAAUUUUUGCCAUUGAGCAAAAUGUAUUUUUAGAGCAUUAGAUCAGCUUGAAUGCUUGAUGAUAUAAACUUUGUUUGUCUUUUCAGUUUAGAGCUCUGGUUUCUGCUGGCCUUAAGUAAGUUAUGAUGAAAUCAUUAAUUCUUGUUAUUAUAUAUUCAAAGUCUAUUCUCGUUUGUGAUUGCUCAAAUAAAGUAUUAUUGCACGCUGUGGUUACCAAGCCCCGGCGCGUUCCAUUGCUUGCUAAAAAGCGCGCGAAAAUUCCAUUGUUUGUGCUAUCCACCACAGCCUUCAAUGAAUAACACAAACCUCAUUAUUAAACCUACAGACAUAUAUAGUAUGAUAUAGAGUUAUACUUAUCACCACUAUAAUAGAACAAUAGCAUCUUGGCAAUUAUGUAACUUUCUGUGAUAAUUUGUUGUUUCAGUCAAAAGAAAUUGUCGUUGUGGUGUCGGCAAAUAGUUAAAUGUGGUAGUUUAGUCGAUGAAUUUUAUCAAUCAUGGUCGUGUGUCGUAAAAACAGGUAUAUAAUUUUCAAGACUACUACGAAAGGAGCUAUUGCACUCGAAAAAAGGCGUCUAAACUUUUCUCCCUUGAGGUCCAGACCAGUCUUUUAUUGCUAUGUUGUGUUUUGUACAUGAAAUUAAUAACGUGCAAUGUCUUUUAUCUUUCUAGGAUUCGACGAUGUUCUUGAUAUAUUAGAAAGUCUGACUCCGUUAGAUUUUUGCCUGCCCGAGGACCUCGCAAUUAGACAUUUAACCAGAGCGAAUGAGGCUUUUGGUGAUAAUUACUGA